GUUCAAAAAAUGGCGCCCUCUAAUGCCAUGCGCAGUGAACAUUUCGUAGCCGACAUUUUGUUCCAGAGGAGGAUGUUUAGUUCUGCGAAGAAAUGGGUUUGAAGGAAAGCGAACUCCGCGUUCUAGCCAUACUUGGCCUGGUUAUUUUAACACUUUGGUCAUUGUUCGGUUUAUUUUGGAGCCUUCUUCUUGUUUUCACGUUUCUGAUCUACGCGUACAACUUCGGAAGACAUCGAGCGGGAAAUACUCGACGUGAACCCGAAGAGAGAGACUCCGAACAUGAUUUGAGUUACCAGGAGAAGUUGCACAGUACUUACCAGGAACCUCCAGAUUUGCCGUUCACCGGCUUGCCGAGGGAAAAGAUUUCCCUUAGGUCACCCAUGCCAUUGCUGUCCGAAGUUACAAAGAGGCUAAGUUUUAACACGAGCACUACCACACCUUUUCAAGGAAGAAACUCUUGGCACAACAGAGAGCUUGUACCAACUCCUUAUCCAUCCAGAGGGAAUGCCUUCACUUAUCGCCGUAAACCAAAACACUUCAGCCUGUUGAACCCUGCACUCCAGAGACCCUCUACUGUUAAGAUUGCAUCACCUGAUGUCACGGUUAAUAGAACGUUUACACUAUCUAAUAGUCCUUUGAAGAAAGCAACAGAUGAUUGGAACCCAUGCAGUCGAGUCACAGUCCUCUCUGCACUCAAAGAAAGCAGAAAGAGGAGUUUAGUUGUUGAGGAUGAGGAGGACGAGUUGAUGAGGCCAACAAAGAGGAGAGAUACCAAACCAGUUGACUCUCACCUAUUUGGCAGUCCCUUGUUUGCAAGCCGUAAAAGAGUAGCCAUCCUAGAAAGUACCAAGACAACAGAUGAGAACUUCAAUAAAAAGAGCAAGGUCAUAAGUCAUAGUGAUUCAUCUGAAAUGUUACCUAGUCAAACACCUGUACAGAAGGACUCUGUUGUACAAAAGAGAAAGAAUAGGGACAGUGGGACAGAAAUAACAAAUAGAGUAGCCAACUUGGAGAGUACAGAAAUGGGAGAAGAUGAGAGCUCCAACAAAAAGACCAAGGUCAUAGAUCACAGCAAUUCUUCUGAACCUGUGCACAGUCAAAGACAAACAGAUUCUGUUGUACAGAAAAGGAAGGACAGAGCCACAGAGACAGAAAAAUCGAACAUAUCACAACAAGCUGAUGCAAAGGAAGAAAGCGAGAGAAAUCAGUCGAAAAAGGCUAAGAGUUUGGUGCAGGAAACCAAAGACGAUGACGGCCAGAGGGGAAGAAGCGAGCAGGAAAAAAGAGAUAACAGCAGCUCACCCAAGCAAAUGAAACGAUUCACAGUUCCAAGGUUUGCUUCUAAAGAAGAUUCAAGGCGGAGAGCUGUACCAGUGUACUGUGCUUCUAAUGAGGAAUCUGAGAUGCCUCAAAGAAGAACUGUGUCCAGAAAAAUUAACCAGGAGCAGAUCAAGAUUGAUCGCAGACUUGCUUGGGAGCGUGUGAAGGAGCUGCUUGGUGGUGAUGAAGAUGAGGAGGAGGAGGAAGAGGCUACCAGAGCUUCCAAAUCAGGUACAACAGCAGCUUCAUCAACAGCUGCUGGUACUUCCACCUCUUCAUCGUUAUUGAAGAUCACUACUGCCGGGGCUGUGACCAGUGCCGGGACAAUAACCACCACCACCACUCAGAGUCUCAUCACCCCAGCGCCUUCUUCUGGCGUCCCACAGAGGACCACAGGGGUUCAGGGAGUCCCUGUGACAAAUGCCCCAUUUUUGCAAUCCCAAGGUACAGCGGUGCCCUCAUUACAGUCCCAGCAAGCGUCAGGGCCCGGGCUAUUGGCUAAUUUGUUAAGUAAUCCAGGAUCAUCAAAGAAUACCUCAUCGGCAGCAGGAUCACAAACAGCCACUCCAGAACAAGCGCAGUCAGCUGUUACUGCCCAGACAUCUGGAGUAGUAAAUUUAUUAAAAGCUCCCACAAUAGGAUUACAAGCAAACGUGUCACUAACAUCAACUGCAACUGCAACCCAAGGUCCUGCAGGUUUCCAGCUGUCAUCUUCUUCGUCUUCGUUUGGAAAUUCGCCCUUUGUAAAGCCAGCAAUAUCAAACCAAUUAACUUCAUCCUCAGUUUCUUCUCACAAAAAUACGUCUGACACCAACACCAGCUCAGCCCAACAACCAGGCUUUAGUUUUCCUGCAAUUUCUUCUUCGGGGCCUGGCCAGGCAGGGUUUACAUUUGCAGCUGCUAGUGGCGCCCCAAAUGCUGUUAGUUUAGGUCAAAAUUCAACACAAAACACUCCUGGAACAAGCUUGUUUAAUUCUCCAAGUACUUCCGCUUUGGGAGCAGCUAGUUCUCAAAAACCUGUUACGUUGGCAGGUAACAGUUCAAUUGCACCAUCUCAGAAUCCAUUCGCAUCUAUUGCCAAGCCUACACAAAAUAGUUCUGUGUCCAGUGCGUUGCCAGCACCGAGCGGUUUUGCCGGGCAAAGUUCAAACGCAGCUCAGAGUUCUUUUGGUUCAGUAGGCCAGAACAAGUUGGCAUUUGGUGCCACAAACAUGCAAUCUGUACAAGGACAACAGAGUCAAAGCCCAUUUGGUGGUACCCCCAGCAUUAUGUCGGGUUUCGGGGCAACGUCUGCGCAAAACACUUUUGGAGCUGCAGUUAGUAAAAGUUCUACGCAAAGUCCAUUUUCCCAGGGUACGUUGGGAGCGCAGGCCAACCAAAACACUUCCCAGGGACCUGCCCAAAAAGCCUUCGGAGCACAACAGCAAAACCAGCAAGCUACUGCAAGUACUUUUGGAAAACCGUCCGGCAAAAGUACAUUUGCGAACCUAACUAAUACUCCAGGCAACUUUACGUUUGGUUCACAAGUCCAACAAAGUGCCACGCAGAAUGUAUUCGGAAGCCAGACAACUCAAAAUGCGUUUGGACCUCAAGCAAAUCAAAAUACUAGCCAAAGUGCCUUUGGAAACCAACUUACCCAGAAUGCCUUUGGAGCCCAAGCUACCCAAAGUGCUUUUGGAGCAUCUUCAACCCAAAAGACAACUCCGUUCACUUUUGCCGCUCAGAACACUGUCCAGAACCCUUCCAACACACCUUUCGGUGGGUUUGGUAAAACUGGUACCCAGAGUACUUUUGGGGCAGCGCCUUCCCAGAAUACUGCAGCUCCCUCAGGUGGAUUCAAUUUCAGUGCUACCGGAAGUAACCCUGCACCUGGUGGUUUUAAUUUCAGUGCAACUGGCAAUAAACCCAAUGGUUUUCAGUUUGGUGCAGCGGGAAGCAGCGGUAAUUUUGGUCAAUUUGGCCAAACAACAGCUCAGCCUGGAGCUGCGCCCGCAACACCUACACCCAGUGGUGGUUUCAACUUUGCUCCAGGGUCUGGUGGCAUGCCGGGAAGUCCGUUUGCAUCACCUGCGGCUGCGCCAACGUUUGGCAUACCAAGCACUCCACAAGGGGCGGGCAGCACGCUGACGACAAGAUCGCGGGCUCGCUUAACGGCCCGACGGAGAGGCAAGAAAUGAGAGAGGGCAAAAGAACUGUAGCUGCCAAGAACAUUGGACUGUAUGUAGGGGAAUAAGACUUUAACAAUGAUGCAAUUUUGUAUUUGUAUAUAAAUUUACAAAGGAUAUCGUUCGGUUUUAUUCCAUACUCGAUUUAUUGCGGAUUUCAGAUUAUGUAGUUUUUCAAUUUUAUAUAUUUGAUUAAUAAAUGAACUUUGUACAUAGUGUUCAUUUUGUUAUCGUUGUCUUUUCAAAUAACACCUCCCUUAAUUAAUCUGCUUUAGCGAACCCGUGAAAUUGACUCUAAUUUCUGCAACUUUAAUUAUAUUAUUUUCGACUAAGAGUAUGAAUCUAGCUUUUCCCAACGUAUAGCUAUGCAGUCAAGAACCUUAACAGCUUAUCUACUUGCUUCAUUUUAAUCUUAAGUCAACGUUUCUUAAGAAUUCAGGUAGCUCCUCAGUUUUAUAGGAAUCUUUUCAUCGGAAUAUAUUGUCCUUAUUGUGCUCUGGCCAUUACUGUAGGUGUCUUGUUUGUGCUAUUUCGUUAAUUUCUAGUAUGAAAAAAAAAAAUUGCUUGUCGUUCGCGUUAGUUCAUAAUUUUGCGCAAUUCCGUCCUUCCUUUUCACAUUUAA